UGACGUGUAAUGCUUUCAAAUGUAUUUCAGUACACAUUUUGUUGUAUUGCUUCUUUCAACUGUUUUACCACCAUUCAUAUAUAAUCGGAAACAUGUUUGCAUGUUUUAAGCGGAACCACCGUGAGUCUCUUCGCGGGGAAACAUUUUACAAAGGGACUUUACGUUUGGUCACAGUUUUGUUUUGAAGACAGCGUCAACUCUGAGAGUGAUUGUUUACCCUGUCGAAUAGAGUGCAGAAUUGCAGGUGGAGGGAUGAGUCUCUCCCCUGUGGUGGGCACAGAAGUGCCAGAAACAGCAAACGGAAUAGCGACACUUCCUUGUUCGGAAAACGGUCCUCAUGUUCCAGUCGUGAAAUGUGUAGGAGGGAAAGAGGAUUUUCCAAGAGAGGAUACCUACCUCAGACACACAGAGAACCGCCUAGGUGGAGAAAAAACAGUCCAAGAUUGCCAUUUUUUGGACACAGAAAUGGAGGACAAUGUGAGAACAAGCAGUUUGUCUCUAUACCCCUCUCAUGAGAUGGCCCUCUCGACCUCUGAAGACUCAUGCACAGCAGACUACUCAGUUGGAGUCCGUCCUGGAGACUCGAGUAGGCCUGCAGGUCUGCAGCAGGACUUGCCGUCCAAUCAUUCUUUAUAUAGGAGUGGACGCCCUGUUACCACAGACUUUGACAGUGGAGAGGAGGAGGAGAAAGAGAAACAGGACAAGGAGGAGGAUGAAAAGAUGUGGCGGACUGAGGUUGCUGGAGAGAGAAAAGAAGUUGAGUCUUUACGUCACUACUCCUCCUCAGCGCCAGGUCCUAGCACCUCCACCUCAUCCUCCUCGCCGCCACCUCCUCUUCUCCCCUCAGAUGAUGCCCCCUGCCCCCCGCACGUCAUGGCCCAGGUAUGGGUCCGCAACGUCCGAGGGAUGCAGGACAGCAAGAGCCUGGAUGAGAUCAGCCAAGCGUGUGGAGGUGGAGCGGGGGCCCGUGGAGCAGGCAAAGGGGGGCAGUCCGAGGGAAGACGGGCAACGAUCUCCUCGGCCCUCGAGCUGGAGGGCACGGUCAGCCAUGAUGGAGACCUGACGAACUUCAUCACCAAGAACCUAGAGCAGAAGAUCAAGAUGAGCUCCAAGCCGAGUCUGGACUGCAGUGAUUCCGACUGUUCAGGUCCCAUCUACCACAGUAGAGGAUUGUCACGGAGACCAGCAGAUAUCCCGCCCAUUGAUCCUACCGUCUUGGUGGACCUGCAGAGGCACACCCAGGAAGUGGCACACAGUGUGGAAAUGAUGAUGCGCAGCCUCAAUGGAACCAUCCAGAAUAUGACAGCCUUGAGUGUGGGCUAUAUUCAGACCUACAGAGACUCUGUGGACAGUCUGGGAGAGUCUGUGGAUAUGAGUAUAAAGGGCAUGUACACACUGAUGGCUCGAUGCGAGGAGUUGGACCGCUCCAUGCAGCCCAUAAACGUCUUAGCGGCACAGAUCCGAGACAUCAAGCGCACCCUGGAUGCACUGGAGGCCAUUUGCAAGUAACCCCCUGCCCAUCACUUUUUUGUAGUGAAGACACGACAGUACCAAGCAGGUCAUCUGCAAGUAAUCAGUACACUCUUUUUAUUCUUAACCCCUGGGUAAAUUACCAGGCAUACGGGAUUAUUCCCCUCAUCUCAUAUGCUUGUAUGUUAUUUAAAGAUGAUUUGUGUUUUGUGUGUCAUUCAUUUGAUCGAUGGUAUCCGUCCAGCCAGCUUUGAUGAGGGUGCACUAACCUCUCCUUCCCACAUGGUGGCGAUGUUUCUUUUUUCCCCACUGUACUGCUCCAAGGACUUUUUUUGGGACUGAAACAAAGUCUAUUUUUAUUAAAAUGCAAUAACGGCACAUUCUUUCAUCGCUGAGGGAAGGUGAGCAUCGUGUAUAGCUUCGUGUAUAGCAUCUUUUAUUUAUCUUUUGUUAUUUAUUUGGUUACUCUGCAAAAUUGUGGAACAUGUUGCGUGAUUGCUACAUGAUGGACAAAUCAAAACUAGUGGUUCAUGUUACCUGUUUAUUAAAUUGGCAUCCCUGGA